UGUGUAUGUGUCUGAGCAGGGAGAAAUCCAGAGAGUUACAGUAGAAGGACGUUACUGUUGGUUGUGUUUGAUCUCUUCUCUCUUCAGUGUCUCUCUCUGUCCUGAAGAACAACAGCAAUAACAGGAAGUAGGUUCUGUGGGAGCAGCAACAGUCCUUUUGUCUGGUGUGAUGGAUGGGACAGGGCUGUGACUGGGUGGAGAUCUUGGAGCCGCGCUCGCAGGAGCGCAUGUACGUGAACCUGGCCUCGGGGGAGUGUGGCUGGGAGCCCCCCCCAGGCGUCGCCGUGCGCCAGUCCGACGGCAGCCAGUGGUGGGAGCUGUUUGACAGCCACAACAACCGCUUCUACUACUACAACAGUGCCAGCCAGCAGACGGUGUGGCACCGGCCCCAGGCCUGCGACAUCGUUCCCCUGGCCCAGCUACAGGCCAUGAAGAGGAGCUCAGAGACGGGCCUGAGCGGCCCCAUCAAGCCCCAGAGAGGGGGAGGAGAGGGCCGCCGCACACCCCUACCUAACCAGGCCUACCCCAUGCCCCCCUCCCAUGACCCUGACAGCAGCGGGAGGUCGACCCCAUCUAAGGGGCUCUGUGACAGCCUGGAGAACAGGAAAGAUACCCCCAGGGACACAGGUCAAAGAUGGCAGCCUGCUCCAGGGUCGAAGGCAGCCAUGUUAGUGAAGGUGAACAGCAUUGGCAGGAACCAGUCCGUGGUGCCCGCUAGCGCCCUGCACCUCCUCCACCACAACAACCUCAGCCCUGGAAGCCCUGCUGUGUACCAGGUCCACUCCGACAGACCCAGCCCUGCAGGCAAGAUGACUGCCCCAGUGGACUCCAAGCAAGCAAUUCACCUGAAGAAGGCAGACAAUGGUAACUUCUGCCUGGUGAUGCCCUCCACUGGCAGCAAGGUCUACCAGACCCCCCAGAGGUCUCAGGCUGGCACCCCCAGGCCCUCCUCGCCCCAGUACGGUGCCACUCCGCCCAUCUAUGAUGAACCCCCCAUGGAUCCACCUAUCUAUGAUGAACCCCCCAUGGAGCUGGAGGGGGCCCACCUCCUGAACAGGCCCUUCACACCCUCCACCAGCCUACAGAGGGUCCGCCAGCCCCAAUCCCACCCCCAGACCCAACCCCAGCAGCAGCCCAAGCUUCUCCAAUACCCAGCCUCUCACCUGAGCUCCAAACACAAGAGAAACCCCUCCGCCACAGAUUACAGCCCCGCUGGACGGGAGUGCAUCAAACACAUGGUCAACGUGGACCCUGCCACCUGCAAACAGAGCCCCUUAUCCCAGCCUAUCCAGACAGAGCAGGGCCCUGCCCCAGAGCAUGCCCUGCCCGCCUCUCCAUCCCCCUCCCCAGCCCCAGGCGCGACCCAGCCCAGGCCCAAGGAGGUGAGUCUAGAGAAGAAGCAGUCGUGGCGUCUCCUGGAGGCCAGCGCCAGGAAGAACAUGGAGGCCCGACACAGCCGACAGAACAGCCUGGCCUCCCAAGAGUACCCGGCGCCGGCGGCCGUCACCUACCAGGACUCAGGCUACUCUACGGGGCCCUCGCCCAGCCUGAGGAGGAAGAACCGCAGGAGAGCCCUGGGCGGAGGGGCUGGGGGUGCAGGGCAGGGCCGGCCAGGCUCGGUGGGCAGCACUGGGGAGCUCAGUGCCCUGAAUGAGAAGCUGAUGGCAGAGAUGCGGGCGGUGGUGAGUCGCUCAAACACCCUGCGUGGCAGCAAGGCCAGCCUGGACACAGAGAUGUCUGAGGGGUCUGUACCACGGGCCCGUUCCCCCUUGAACUCCCUAAAGAAGCACGGGGGCCGCAGCGCCUCUCGGGAGGACAUCAGUGCCAGUAACCGCUCUCUGUACCGGGCCGGGAGCGGGAGUAACCACGACGACGUGCCCCUCUCGCCCCUGGUGUCAGACGGCAUGGUGCGUCAGAAACGGACCUAUGAGAAGGUGGACACUCUGGAGAAAAGCAUCACCAGCCAGAACAGCCUGUCCUCCCCGGAGCCCCCCGUGUCCCCCUCCCAGGCAGGAACACUGGAAUCCAAGGCCCAGUCGGAGUCCUCAUCACACGGGGGAGGUAAUGGUCAUGGGGGCACCCGGGGUUCCCCCCAUAGAGUUAUCGUGACUGGAGACAGAGGAGAAGGUGGGGGAGGUGGAAGAGGAUGUGUGGGUUACCAGUACCCUUACACCACCCUCUGUAAACCUCCUCCAGACGCCAACAUGGUGGACUGGGCCAGUAAGAACCUGAACCAGCACACUCAGGGCCUGUUCCGCCGCCGCGUCUCCAUCUCCAACAUGCUCUCCUGGAACAGGGGCUCCAUUAAGAAGCCAAUGCUGAUCACCAGUGACCGCACAAUCAAGAAGGAGGCCUGCGAGAUGUUCAAACUGGUCCAGGCCUACAUGGGGGACCGUCCGGCCCGGCUGGAGCGCCGUCACGCCGCCCUGCUGGUGGUCACUAAGUGCUGGGGCAUGCAGGGCCUGAGGGACGAGUUGUACGUCCAGCUGGUCAGACAGACCACUGACAACCUGAGCCUGAGAAGCCUGGAGGCUGGCUGGGAACUCAUGGCCAUCAGCCUGGCCUUCUUCUCCCCCUCGCCCAAGUUCAGACGCUACCUGGAGGGAUACAUUCAGAGACAUCUGGAGCCCUCCAACGACAAGAAGAUCAUGCAGAACAUUAUGGAACAACAGGACAUGAAGAACAAGAAGAAUUCAAAGUCCCGGAAGAAGAGGAAGCAGAACAAUGAGGAGGAAGAAGAGGAGGGCCUGCCAAUCAGCACUUAUGCCAAGUACUGCUACCGCAAGCUGCAGAAGGUCGCUGUCACUGGGGUCAAAAAGGGUCUGAGGAAGCCCACCCUGGAGGAGUUAGACCAGGGGAGGAAAGCCAUUGUGACCCCAUCCCUGUUCGGCAGUGCCCUGGAAGAGAUCAUGGAGCGUCAGAGUGAGCGGUUCCCGGAGCGCAGGCUCCCCUGGGUGCAGGUGCAGCUGUCCCAGUACGUCCUGGCCCUGGGAGGGGCCCAGACAGAGGGAAUCUUCAGGGUGCCUGGAGAUAUUGACGAGGUGAAUGCACUGAAGCUGCAGGUGGAUCAGUGGAAUAUUCCAGAAAACCUUGGCGACCCCAACGUCCCAGCGUCUCUGCUGAAGCUGUGGUACAGGGAGCUGGAGGAGCCAGUCAUCCCUCAGAGCUUCUAUAAGCAGUGCAUCAGUAACUAUGAGGAUCCAGAGGCAGCGAUCAGCGUGGUGCAGUCUCUGCCUGAGCUAAGCAGGCUGGUGCUCUGCUACUUUAUACACUUCUUACAGGUGUUUGCCCAGCCCGUCAAUGUGAGUAAGACCAAGAUGGACGUGAACAACCUGGCCAUGGUGAUGGCUCCCAACUGUCUCCGCUGCCAGUCGGAUGACCCGCGCAUCAUCUUUGAGAACACACGGAAAGAGAUGUCCUUCUUACGCAUGCUCAUUGUUCACCUGGACACCAGCUUUGUCAAGGGCAUCAUCUGAGGAGGCCUCCUCUAGACCGCUCACACCACUCUCUACUGCCACCUCACCCACAACAAGCCCCGCUGUUCCUUCACACAUGUCACAUCUCAACCUUAGAUUCUCUCUGGUUCACUAACACCACAUUCUGAGGACUACAGACAGUGGACUGCCCAAAAAGUGACUGGAUAUCAAGACAGAUUUCCUGCUCUGAAUCAUCUCGUUUGGGACUUUGGGACAAGCUCACAUGUGAUGGUAAUGGGAGACUGUUCAUCAGUUUUAAAGCACACUGCAGGACAUACUGUACAUACUCUAUGUAUCUCCCCAUGGUUCUGCUCCAAACACUGGACCGUGCUGGCGUGAGAUUCAGCAUAUGAAGAGCAAUCACAAUAGGAGACUGGGAUGCACAUUAAGCCAGAGUGCAGGGAGAAAUCAAGACAAAUCUCAUUUGUAAAUAUGGGUUUUUAAAGGAUUACUUCCUGCUUUGAGUGCCACAUACAUAUCUGAUGCCAUGGUCAUGAAUUAUGUCUCGUCAUGUGUUCUAAAAUAACAAAAUGAGGGGAAACCCACUCUGUAUUAUAACCCUUCUCUUUCCUUUAUUGUAAUAGUGUAUACAAGCAAUGUCUUGCUUCUCAUUCUAAGUUCAUUUGGAAUGCUUUUUUGACUAAUUGAAUAUGAAUUCUGUCUGGGUUGCCAGAGCUGCAGGAUGAGUUAACAGAAAGGUUUAAGGUACUCCUGACCUCUCCACUGGCCUCAGAGAGACAGGUUCACUCUCUAGGUAAAAACAACAACAUUUAUUUCUGAAUAAAAGUUUCUCUAGCAGGAAAAAAUGAUGCCCAAUCA